CAUCUUCUCGGCGCUUGACUAGGCGCCCUGGCCUUGGUAGUAAGCGGCGAGAGGGAGAGAGAGGAGGAGGCUGCAGUGGGAAAAGAAGAAGGCGGAGGAGGAAGAGAAGCAGCAGCUUGCCGGCGGAUUUGGGGCUUCCUCUUCCUGGUCCGGACGAGGCCCUUCGAGCACUUCGGCCUCGGUGACCCCCGCACGACGCCUCCGGCCUUCUCGGCAGCCCGGCGCGCUAGGCCUCACCACCACUCCCUAGUUCAGACUGUGGUUCAGAAAUGCACUAGUUCCAAACCUGACCAAACUGUGUCAUCUGUGAACAAACUUUUCCUUUGUUUAGAUUUCCAUGAAGGCAGUCUUGCAAGGUGUAGAUGGCCCUUCUGUAGGUUCUUGGGGCUUUUGAUCUGGUGUCUGUUGGUGACUCAUUCCCCUGCAUUGCUGCAGUAAAAGCCAUGAAGGUUGUACCAGAGAAGAAUGCCGUGCGAAUCCUGUGGGGCCGUGAACGAGGCACACAAGCAUUGGGAGCACAACGCCUUUUGCAGGAGUUAGUAGAAGACAAAACUCGUUGGAUGAAAUGGGAGGGAAAGAAGGUUGAGCUCCCAGACAGUCCCCGCUCCACUUUUCUGCUAGCAUUCAGCCCAGACAGGACCCUCAUGGCAUCUACACAUGUGAAUCAUAAUAUUUAUAUCACAGAGGUGAAAACGGGAAAGUGUGUGCAUUCUUUGGUUGGGCAUAGACGAACACCAUGGUGUGUAACCUUUCAUCCUACCAUCCCAGGGCUUAUUGCAUCAGGAUGCCUUGAUGGAGAGGUUAGAAUCUGGGAUUUGCACGGUGGAAGUGAAAGCUGGUUUACAGAUAGCAACAAUGCCAUUGCAUCCUUGGCUUUUCAUCCAACGGCUCAGCUCUUACUAAUUGCAACAGCCAAUGAGAUCCACUUUUGGGACUGGAGCCGCCGGGAGCCUUUUGCAGUUGUGAAAACAGCCAGUGAAAUGGAGCGCGUUAGACUAGUGCGAUUUGAUCCCCUUGGGCAUUAUUUACUCACAGCAAUUGUUAACCCUUCCAAUCAACAGAAUGACGAAGAGGUGGAAAUACCUGUGGAUAGUACAGAAAUGCCACAUUAUCGUCAACGGUCCAUUCUCCAGUCUCAACCUGUGAGACGUACACCACUCCUUCAUAAUUUCCUGCAUAUGCUGUCCUCACGCUCUUCUGGUAUCCAGGUGGGAGAGCAAAACGCCAUGCAAGACUCAGCUACUCCCUCCCCUCCCCCUCCCCCUCCUCCCCCUCCACCACCUCCCCCUCCCCCUCCACCACCGCCUCCAGCUAGUGAAGCCUCUAGAGCAUCUACCUAUAAUGGCCUCAAUGAGCCUGUCAGUUAUCCCUCAGUAAAAUGUUGCCAGCAUCUGGGGGUGUUGUGCCUUUGCAGGCGAUGUUCUAGUGCGAGACUUCCUUCUUCUCUUUUCCCGUCCCAGGACAACGCCCCUUCCACAUCCUCUGGGUCCACUGGCACUUCUUUUUCUUCUGUGCAAAUGGAGCCUUACCAGCCCCAGGAGCAGGCAUCUACAGCACAGCAGGAGCAGGGACUCCUUAACCGACCAUCUGCUUUCAGCACUGUGCAAAGCAGUACUGCUGGCAACUCCCUGCGCAACCUUAGCCUGGGCCCCACUCGUAGAUCCCUUAGUGGGCCUUUGUCAGGCCAUCCGUCCAGGAUCCACCCAAGAGAGAUGGCUUCUGGGUUGGAGGGUUCUGAGUGGACUCGAACAGUGUUGAAUAUGGGCCCUCGCUCUGAGUUGGAAGGUAUGCCUCCUCCUAGAACCAGUGCCUCUUCAGUGAGUUUGUUGUCAGUACUGAGACAGCAAGAAGGAAGCUCCCAGUCCUCUGUGUAUACUUCAGCUACAGAAGGGAGGGGUUUUCCAGCUCCUGGAGCUGAAGCAGAAAGCUCCAGUAGUGCUGGCCCAAGCAAUCCAGCCAGCCUUCGCAAUGAGCUUCAAUGUGACUUGAGGCGGUUCUUCUUGGAAUAUGAUAGGCUUCAGGAGCUAGAUCAGGGGAUAGGUGGCGAGUCCAGUCAGACACAUCAGGCUCAAGAAAUGCUUAAUAACAACAUAGAGCCUGAUCGGCCUGGUCCUUCUCAUCAACAGACCCCACAUAGCAGUGAAAACAAUUCCAAUUUGUCACGGGGGCACCUGAACCGCUGUCGCGCCUGUCACAACCUGCUGACUUUUAACAAUGACACACUUCGCUGGGAAAGAAGCACACCCAGCUAUGCAUCUGGGCAGGUCCAAAGCACAUUUGAGGGUGUGCCAUCCAGCAGUAGCCAACUACCAACUUCUGAGAGAAUGGAAAGCAGAACUUCUCCCUCUAGUAGACUGCCACUGGGAAGAUCUUCUAACCCUCCAGAGGAAAGGACUGUGAGAGUUGUCUUUAACCAGGAAACAGGGCACUGGGAAAGAGUUUACAGCCAAUCUGCUUCAAAUAGACCUGGGAAUGUAUCACAGGACGCCUUAAACCAGGAAAUGCCUGAGGAAAGUUCAGAGGAGGAUUCACUUAGGAGGAGGCUUCUGGAGUCUUCACUCAUUUCACUAUCACGUUAUGAUGGUGCAGGAUCCCGGGAGCAUCCAAUCUAUCCUGAUCCCGCUAGGUUGUCUCCUGCUGCUUAUUAUGCUCAGAGAAUGAUCCAGUAUCUUUCACGCAGAGAUAGUAUUCGCCAGCGCUCCAUGCGAUAUCAGCAGAAUCGUCUCCGGUCUUCUUCAUCUUCUGCUUCCACCUCUGAGAAUACAGGUCCUUCUGUAGAAGGAAAUGAUCUAGAAUUUGAAGACUUUGAGGACAAUGGAGACAGAUCAAGACACAGAGCCCCCAGGAACGCUCGUAUGUCUGCACCAUCCCUUGGACGCUUUGUUCCCAGGCGUUUCUUGCUGCCUGAGUAUUUGCCUUAUGCAGGGAUUUUCCAUGAACGUGGACAGCCUGGUUUGGCCACUCACUCCUCUGUUAAUAGGGUCUUGGCAGGGGCUGUGAUCGGAGAUGGACAGUCUGCUGUGGCCAGUAAUAUUGCCAACACCACCUACCGGCUUCAGUGGUGGGAUUUCACCAAAUUUGACUUGCCUGAAAUAAGCAAUGCCUCUGUGAAUGUGCUCGUUCAGAAUUGCAAGAUAUACAACGAUGCCAGUUGUGAUAUUUCUGCAGAUGGACAGCUUCUGGCAGCCUUCAUUCCUAGCAGUCAGCGGGGCUUCCCUGAUGAGGGAAUAUUGGCUGUAUAUUCCCUAGCACCACACAACUUGGGUGAAAUGCUUUACACAAAGCGAUUUGGUCCCAAUGCCAUUUCUGUAAGCCUGUCCCCAAUGGGCAGAUAUGUCAUGGUAGGAUUGGCAUCCCGGCGCAUCCUGUUGCACCCUUCAACAGAGCAUAUGGUGGCUCAGGUCUUCCGGCUGCAGCAGCCACAUGGAGGAGAAACCUCAAUGAGAAGAGUGUUCAACGUCUUGUACCCAAUGCCUGCUGACCAAAGGAGACAUGUCAGUAUAAAUUCUGCUCGUUGGCUGCCUGAACCAGGUUUGGGAUUGGCAUAUGGCACUAAUAAGGGAGACCUGGUGAUUUGCCGACCAGAGGCCUUAAACUCUGGAGUUGAAUACUACUGGGACCAGCUGAAUGAGACCGUCUUCACUGUGCAUUCCAACAGUAGGAGCACCGAGCGGCCUGGAACUAGCAGGGCCACAUGGAGGACAGACAGGGACAUGGGCCUAAUGAAUGCCAUAGGCUUACAGCCACGAAACCCAACCACCUCUGUGACAUCACAGGGCACGCAGACCCUGGCUCCUCAGCUGCAGAAUGCAGAAACACAAACGGAGAGGGAGGUUCAAGAACCAGGGGGUUCUGCUUCAGGGACUACGGAAGGGCCCUGCAGAGAUUGUCUUUCUGAGAGUCUCUGCUUCUUCUUUGGAAGGAUGACGAUAAUGGCAAGUUUGGUGUGCUUCCCUCCAGUGCGGUUAAAAUGCCCUCUGUGGACCUAGUAAGUACUAAAACAACGUCCCAGGUACUGUAGAGACCUUUUGGGAACAGUCUUUUCAAUGUUAUUUUAUAUGUGGGAGCAGGUGUGAUAUAGAAUGCAGUUCAUCAAAGUCACCUGGUCUCUAUCAGCAAAAACCAGACCCCUGACUUGAUCUUUAGUGUACUGUCAAGCUUUGCAGUUGUUGUAGUCAACAAAUAGUAAUUACUUUUUAUUUUUCAUGAAGUGGCUACCACAACUUGAAGCCAUUGUUCCUUUCUGCUCAAGAUCCAUUUCAAUUUAGCAUUUAGUGUUGUGUGUUAUUGAUUCCACUUUACAUCACUAUCUGUGGUGUGGUGGAAGCCCCUUCCUUGGAAACUUUUAAAUAGAGGCUGGAUGGCCAUCUGUCAGGGAUAGUUUGAUUGUGCUUUUCCUGCAUGGCAGUGGGUUGGACUAGAUGGCCCAUGUGGUCUCUUCCAACUCUAUUCUUUUUUAAAAAAAUAGUUUUUAUUGAAUUUAAAAUUUUUCAUACAAUAAUUGCUUUUGUCACAUAGCAGAUAUUUAAUUUAUCAUACAAUACUUGCAUCAUUCUUUUAUAUCUACUGUUGAUUUAUAUCUACUACAUCGUUAACAUUUGUCUAUAUUUCUUCACCAUUGUGUAUCCCCCCCCUCCCUCCCCGAGCCGUUUCUUAUGCAUUGUCUAACCAAAAUCUCAUUUCUUCCUGAGGCGGUAGCCCUCCAUGCCUUUUUUGGAGUCCUUUCUCAAUAAAUUUCCCCCAUACAUCCUCAAAAUCAUUUUUUUUCUAUAUCCCUCUUUUAACUUUUAAUUUACAUGUUAGCUUAUCAUUUAUUGCCAAUUUCCAUACUUCCUUAUACCAUUCUUCAAUCUGUACAUCUAUUACUUUUCUCCAGUUCCUUGCUAUAAGCAGUCUUGCUAUUGUCAAUAAAUUUGUUAUUGCUUCUUUUUCUUUUUUAUCCAUCUUAUUGUUAUUAUAUAUUGAUAAUAAUGCAAUACCAGGGUUUCUUUCCAAUUUGAUGUUCAUUAUAUCCUCUAUCUCUUUAAAUAUUUUGUACCAAAAUUUCCUUACAUAUUUACAAUGCCACCACAUAUGUAUAUAUGUUCCCACUUCCUGACAGCCUCUCCAGCAAUUUUUUGGAUGGUUUUUAUUAAUAUUUGACAUUUUUAAUGGCGUUAAAUACCAUUUCCAAAGUAUCUUAUAAUAAUUUUCUUUAACUCUUAUUGAUAAAUUUUUCAAGUGCCUUUGUUUCCACAAUUGCGACCAUUCCAUUUCAUUUAUUUUCAUCUCUAACUCCUCCUCCCAUAAUUCCUUAAGAGUGGUAUUUUUCUCUCUCCUUCUUUUAUUCCACCCAAUAUUCUAUAGAUUCUACCAGUUACACCUUUCAUUUUUUUAUAAUCAUCUAUAUCCCUUCCAUUUUGUAUUAUUUGUUCAAAUUGGUUAGGUUCCUUCCCCUCUGGAGUUUUUCAGUCUACUUGUGUUUUCACCAUCACAUAUAAUUUGGUGCAGUCUACUGCUCUCUCUUGAGUCCAAGUCACUUUAUGGUUCAAAUUCUUCCCUUUUUUGCCCAGUCUGCUUAAAAUCAACAUCUCUUUUCCUAAUUGUAGUUUUUGCACUUUUAAGUUACAACAUAAACAAAGUAAUAAAAAGCAAUAUUCUUUAAAGAGAAGCAGUAUUGAGAAGCUAAAUAGAGCUCAUUCCUAUCUGCUUAGAGUUUGGGGCAUUGGAAUAGGUUACUGCACAUCAGUACAGACUUGAGAAAUUGUUUCCUUACGCUGAACUGCACAUGACCCCCUCCAUGUUUU